CAGAGUUGAUUUUGAUUAUUUGUGUUUAGUUUUUGGUAAAUAAAAAAACAUGGUGAGGAAGUUAAAAUUUCAUGAACAAAAACUUUUGAAAAAAGUUGAUUUUAUAACAUGGAAAGUGGACAAUGGUGGCCAAGAAAAUAAAAUCUUGCGGAGGUAUCACAUACGCAAAAGGGAAGAUUACACAAAAUACAACAAAUUAUCGCGUCAGAUACGAGAAUUAGUUGAAAAAAUUGCAAAAUUAGACAAAACUGACCCUUUCAAGUCCGAGGCUUCGUACAUGUUAUUGGAGAAAUUGUAUGGUAUGGGUCUUAUAAGCGAUAAAACAGAUUUGGAAACCGCCAGCAAAGUGUCGGCCAGCUGUUUUUGUCGUCGUCGUUUACCUGUUGUUAUGGUGAAAAACAAACUUUCGGAAAAUAUUAAAAACGCCACAGAUUUAGUUGAAAGUGGCCAUGUAAGAGUAGGUACUGAAAUGGUAAAAGACAUUGCCUUUUUAGUUUCUCGUAAUCUUGAAGACUUUGUAACAUGGGUAGAUGGAUCUAAAAUUAAACAACAUGUUAUGACCUAUAAUGAUUUACGCGAUGAUUUUGAAUUAUAAUUAAUCUCUUUAGUACUUUAUUAAAAAAUUAAAAAAAAAAAAAACUAUCGCG